AUGUACGGUGGCGAGGAUCUGAGUAGCUUGGUGAAAUUGAAAGACGAAAGCAGCAGGAUCUUGGAAAGUGGUAAAUUUCCCGUCCACAAAUGGGAAAGUAAUGUCGAGUCCUUAGAAAGCAAUGACAUGCCAAACCCUACUAAAUUCUUGGGACAUAUGUGGGACAAACGGGAGGAAACCCUCGAGAUAACAGUUCCUGAUUACCCAGAAGGUGAUACAGUGACCAAACGAAGCACCCCUAGUCAUUUAGGAAGCAUAUAUGAUCCACUUGGGAUAAUAUCUCCGACCCUAGCUGAGGGGAAACGAAUCUAUCGCAAUGUGUGUGACGAGAAGAAAUGUUGGAAUGCGGAAGUUUCUCCUCAAUCGAAAUACCAAUGGCUGAAGUGGACUAAGCAGUUGAGGAAUGUUAAGGUGCCUCGAAGUAUUAAUAAGAGUAUCAAGAGAAUGAAAGCAGUUCACCUUCACGUCUUUGCGGAUGCAAGUACCUUGGCUUGUUGUUCAGUAGCUAUCGCUGUUGUGGAGAGUAAUACGGACGUUGUCAAAGGCCUCCUAGCUUCGAAGUCGCGAAUAUCAAAACGGGACACGUCAAUUCCGAGGCUCGAGCUUGUCAGCGGUCAUAUGGCCGCAAACAUGGCAAGAAACCUGUGCAACGCUUUACGCGGAUGGCCUAUCAAGUCCGUGAUCAUAUGGAUGGAUAGUCUUGUUGCAUUAUUUUGGAUAAACAAUCCGGGCAAAGCUUGGAAGGAGUUCGUAGCCAACAGAGUCAAGCAAAUGGCGGAGAUAACCGACGAAGUGAACAUUGUGUGGAAAUACUGCCCGACAAAGAUGAACCUUGCAGAUUUAGGAAGCAGGGGUGCAAGCAUUGAUAAGCUCGAUAGCCAAGAGUGGUUUGCAGGAACAAACUGGCUCCUUAGUGAGGACCUGAACAAGAAGUGGCCUGAACAACCCGAACUAAAGAAGAACAGAGAAACACAUGGUGAGUACAAAACCACUGAACCAAUCUUCUACUGUAAUGAGCAAGAAACCGAUGAAUGGGAUGAUCUACUCGAUCGAAGUUCAUAUUGGCGAACUUAA